AUGUGGCAUCCUGUACUAGGAUAUGAAGUUGUCAAAGACUGCAUGGGCGUCAAUAAAUUUCAGGCGUUGCGCUCAGUAAUUCAUUUCAAUGAUAAUUCUACGGCCAAAGAGCCAACUGACCCAGAUAGGGAUCGCCUGUUCAAAAUAAGGCCGUUGAUUGAAUACCUAAAUCAAAGAUUUCUGUCAGUCCCAAUGCGCCCAACUUUAUCUGUGGAUGAACAAAUAUGCGCCACUAAAACCAGGCAUCACAUGCGGCAGUACAAUCCCAGGAAACCACAUAAAUGGGGUUAUAAGUUGUUCGUUAUUUGCGACGAUAACGGGUAUGCCUAUAAAUUUGAAAUUUAUUGUGGCCAAGAGCCUCCUAAACUUCAGAACGAACCUCAACUUGGUACUACGGGAAAUAUAGUAGUCAGAUUGGCAAGAGAAGUGCCUAGAAAUCUAAACUACACCAUAUAUUGUGACAAUUAUUACUCAAGUAUCCCAUUGUUUGGGUAUUUAAAUAAAGAAGGUAUUUUGAUGCUCGGAACCUUUCGUCAAGACAGAUUACCUGAUUUUCCCUUACCGCCUAAAAAAGAGAUGAGAAAAACAAACAGGGGUUCUACUGAGGAAUACACUACCACAGAAAACGACUCUUGCAUUUCCAUUGUAACAUGGCAUGACAAUGACGUUGUGACAAUUGGAUCAACGUUUUGUGGUGCCUUGCCGAUGGAAACCAUUCAAAGGUAUGACAGAAAAGAAAAGCAAUAUAUUGUGAUACAAUGCCCCAAAAUUGUCAAAAUCUACAACAAGCACAUGGGAGGUGUGGACCUGAUGGACUCGCAUAUAGGGAUGCACCACAUAAAAAUUAAGAGUAAAAAGUGA